UGCAAAGCAACCCAUUCCGUGGCUCAUAACACAACCCGCGAAAUCUACACACCAAUCAAAACCCUCUAAAAACCUUCAUAGCUCAUCUUUAAGAUUGCCACGUGUCACAUUCCUCUUUCAUCUCUCCACUUUUGUUCUUUCUCUUGUCUUCAACUUCAACUUCAACUACUCUUCUUUCUCUUCUUUCUCUCUUUCUCACACUUUUCUUCCAUGAAAAUUAGGGUUCGACUUUGAUCCUCUCUCUCACACACACAUCAAUGGCUUCAUCUUCUCUACUCUUAACCGAACUCAAUUUUCUUACUCCACAAAUCACACCAAAACGUCGUCGUUCUCUCACUAAAUUCCGCUCUUUAUAUUCCGUUUCUAAGUACAAAUACAAUGUUACUCGAAUUCGCGCUGUCAAGGAAGAAAGUGCAUUGAUAGAAGAAAGAGUGAGCGAUGUGAAGUGGAAUAGAAACGGAACUGCAACAACUGUUGUAAACGGUAAAAACGGUUCCGUUAGAGGUUACGUUAACGGUAGUGAAAAUGGAAGCUUAGUGAAGUAUGUAAAUGGCAAUGGCGUGGCGGCGGAAGUUGUUGAAGAUUUUGUUGAAACCUCGAAGCGGAAGGAAGUUGGGAGGAAGAAGAGGUUGGAGGAGAUUGGAAAAGAAGAUGCAUGGUUCAAACGAAAUGGUGAAGCACAAGUUGAGGUGGCGGUUGCGCCUGGUGGUCGUUGGAGUAGGUUCAAGACUUACUCGACGAUACAGAGAACAUUGGAAAUUUGGGGAUUUGUUAUUACUUUUGUCUUCAAGUCUUGGUUGGAUCGUCAGAAGUUCUCUUAUAAAGGAGGAAUGACUGAGGAAAAGAAAACCUUAAGGCGAAAGACUCUUGCCAAAUGGCUGAAGGAAAGCAUUCUCCGGUUAGGUCCUACAUUUAUCAAAAUUGGCCAGCAAUUCUCCACAAGAGUGGACAUUCUUCCUCAAGAAUAUGUUGACCAAUUGUCAGAACUUCAGGAUCAAGUUCCUCCAUUUCCCUCAGAGACUGCUAUGGCUAUUGUUGAGGAAGAGCUUGGAGCUCCUAUAGCUGGCAUAUUUGAUCAGUUUGACUAUGAGCCAAUAGCUGCUGCAAGUCUUGGGCAGGUUCAUCGUGCGAAAUUAAGGGGACAGGAGGUUGUUAUCAAGGUUCAAAGGCCUGGUCUCAAGGGUCUUUUUGAUAUUGAUCUUAAAAACCUAAGGGUUAUUGCUGAAUAUCUUCAAAAAAUUGAUCCUAAAUCAGAUGGUGCAAAGAGGGAUUGGGUUGCUAUUUAUGAUGAGUGUGCUUCUGUUUUAUAUCAGGAGAUUGAUUACACCAAGGAAGCUGCCAAUGCUGAGCUAUUUGCAAGCAACUUUAAGAACAUGGAUUAUGUGAAAGUCCCUUCAAUUUACUGGGAUUAUACCACCCCACAGAUUCUGACAAUGGAGUAUGUUCCGGGGAUUAAAAUAAACAAAAUACAAGCUUUAGAUCAGCUGGGUGUUGACCGCAAAAGGCUUGGGAGAUAUGCUGUUGAAUCUUACUUGGAGCAGAUUCUCUCACAUGGUUUCUUCCAUGCCGAUCCUCACCCUGGAAAUAUUGCAGUCGAUGAUGUCAAUGGUGGAAGAUUGAUCUUUUAUGAUUUUGGUAUGAUGGGAAGUAUAAGUCAAAAUAUCAGAGAAGGUUUACUAGAAGCUUUUUAUGGAGUUUAUGAGAAGAGUCCAGAUAAGGUCCUUGAAGCAAUGAUUCAGAUGGGUGUUCUUGUCCCAACUGGAGAUAUGACUGCGGUUAGGCGAACGGCACAGUUCUUCCUCACUAGUUUUGAAGAACGUCUUGCUGCACAGAGGAGAGAGAAGGAGUUGGAGGCAGCUGAAGUUGGAUUCAAGACGCCAUUAAGCAAAGAAGAAAAAGUAAUGAAGAAGAAAGAACGUCUAGCUGCUAUUGGCGAAGAUUUAUUAUCCAUUGCAGCAGACCAACCCUUCCGGUUUCCUGCCACAUUCACAUUUGUUGUUAGGGCCUUCUCAGUUUUGGAUGGCAUUGGAAAAGGACUUGACCCCCGUUUUGAUAUUACCGAGAUUGCCAAACCUUAUGCCUUGGAGUUGCUGAGAUUCCGUGAGGCAGGAGUUGAAGUUAUUGUAAAGGACUUCAGAAAGAGAUGGGACAGACAAUCUCAAGCAUUUUACAACCUAUUUAGACAGGCUGACAGAGUUGAAAAGCUGGCCAGCGUUAUUGAAAGAUUGGAGCAAGGUGAUCUAAAGCUUAGAGUCCGAGCUUUGGAAUCCGAGAGAGCAUUCCAACGCGUUGCGACCGUGCAGAAAACAAUUUUGAAUGCAGUAGCUGCUGGGAGCCUAGUAAAUCUUGCAACAAUUUUAUCUCUCAAUUCAAUUAGGGUGCCUGCCACUAUAGCAUAUUUCUUUUGUGCUAUCUUUGGUUUUCAAAUUCUCUUUGGCAUUGUGAAAAUCAAGAAGUUAGACGAAAGAGAACGGUUGAUUACAGGGACUGCAUAAGCAACUACUAGGUGAAUGUUGCUUUACAUUUAAAAAAAUAUUGAAAAUAUGAAACAUUCAUAUUAAGAUAAUUUGCAAAAACUACAACUAGGUAACCAAAAGGAUUAUUUGACAAGAUUUUAAAACGUAAAUUUCUUCUGAAAGUUGCAGAGUUAUAUUGGAGGUUUCUUCUCUUCAAUUGAUUUCUUUGCCCGAAGGAUCAGGCACCGAGGUAGCCAAUUGGCUAGUCACAUUUUUGUCAAUAACACGACCCCCCUUCUCCUUCCCUCAUUAUAUCUGCAGGGUCUCGUAACAUUUUAUUAUUGUUUUUCUUUUGUACCUCUUGUCUGUAUCAGUAAAUAGUAAAUUAUAUAGGAAUUAGUAUAGGAUUUAUUGUUGCGAGUACUAUAUAGUAUGAUAUGGCUUCCAAAAAGAUUGACAUCAGGAAGUUAUACUUGUAACUGAGGUACAUAAAUUGUACAAUGAAAUUUCAAGUGUAAGUAUUUACCAAUCAUAUGUUGGAAGGAUUUAAGUUCCCUAUGAUUAAUACAAUUUUCCUGUUAUGUGAGUA